AUGACAUCAUUUGGGAUGGAGGCCAUGGACGCAGAGUCGCUUCUGCCGUGUACCUGUGUAGACUUUAGGCCGUCCGUUGCCGGCGUGCUGGGCUCUGCGCUCUCGCGCUUCAUCGAUGGAAAGCGCGAGACGGCGGACCACGGCCAGCGCUUGACUGCCUCGGUAGGAGAGCACUCGAGCUCGCUGCUCCUCACGUUGGUCGCAUCGAGUCUGCAGACGCAGCCCGCCCCUCUUUGA